UGCAACCACAUUAAAGCCGUUGUGUUUUAAUAUAAGAUUAGCUACUUUUAUAUUCACUAACUUGAUGUCUAAUCAAAAUUCCUGGAUCCCAGUGCCUAGACACUGGGAUGACAUCCUUCUAGUGUACAAUAUUCGUACAGUUGUGUACAUGACACAAGGGUCUAUAACUCUUCUUUUUUGGAUUCCAGUGUCAGCUAUUUGCAUGACACCCUUACUGAUGUGUCACUCAUGUUAGAAGUAAAUAUUCUUGACAAGAAAUGGUGCAGCAUUAUAGAAAAUCCUAAAAAUUUUGUAUUAGGUGUCAUCAAUGCUUCUCUAAAAGAAUUAAAAAUAGACCACUAUAAACCAAAUAUAUCAAUAGCUCUGGCUGAUGAUGACUUGCUACAUCAACUUAAUUUAAAAUUUAGAGAAAUGGAUAAGCCAACUAACGUACUAUCAUUUCCGUAUGAACAAUUGUCUAAUGAGUGCGAUUUAGGAGACAUAGCAAUUUCAAUAGACACAAUAAAAAGAGAAUCGCAUGAGUAUUAUAUACCCAUUCUUGCUCACAUUGCACACAUGUUAGUGCAUGGAUUACUGCAUUUACUUGGUUAUGAUCACCAAAAAAAAGAUGAAGAAAUUAUAAUGAAAAAUCUAGAAAGAGAGAUUUUAGCUUCGCUUGGCUACAAUAUGUGUGCGAUUUAAAAGGAAUUUAAUAAAAAUAUAGUAGAUGAUAAUAAAAUAUGUUAUCUACAAAGGGUUUUAGCUAUAAACAAUAAAAGGUAAGUGAUAUGGUUCAGUUUUCUUUGCCAAAGAAUUCUAAAAUUAAUCAAAAGGGCAAAAUUUAUCCUAUUCCUGCUAGAGCAAAAAACAUCAGAAGAUUUCAAAUUUACCGUUGGUCUGCUGAUGACGAGAAAAACCCUAGAAUAGACACAUUUUUUAUUGAUAUGGAUAGUUGUGGCCCUAUGGUACUUGAUGCAUUAAUAAAAAUAAAGGAUGAAAUAGAUUCGACUUUAACUUUCAGACGUUCUUGUAGAGAAGGCAUAUGUGGAUCUUGUGCCAUGAAUAUUGACGGAACCAAUACUCUUGCAUGUACUAGAUCUAUACAUGAUAUAAAAGGUGACGUAAAAAUAUAUCCAUUACCUCACAUGUAUGUAAUAAAGGACCUAGUCUCGGAUUUGAGCCAAUUUUAUGAGCAAUACAAAUCAAUUAAACCUUGGUUACAAGCAGAUAAGCCUGCCCUACCAAAUAAAGAAUACUCUCAAUCUUCUGAAGAUAGAAAAAAAUUAGAUGGCUUGUCCGACUGUAUAUUAUGUGCUUGCUGUUCGACUGGUUGCCCAAGCUACUGGUGGAAUAGUGAUAAAUUUUUAGGACCAGCAAUACUAUUACAAGCUUACAGAUGGAUUGCUGACAGCCGUGAUAAUAAGACAGGUGAAAGACUUGAUGUUUUAAACGACCCAUUCAAGUUGUAUCGUUGUCAUGCAAUAAUGAAUUGCACAAAAACUUGUCCUAAAGGACUUAAUCCAGCAAGAGCAAUAGCGAAAGUAAAACAGCUCAUGGUAGAGAGAGAAGGAGUUUAAGUAUUAUCUUUUGCAUUCUUCGUAAGAGAACAGCAAACCUUCCGAAGCGUAGGGUAUUGUUAAUACCCUGAACGCUUUUCCGUUUGUGAAGUGCAUCGUAUCAUCGUACGAUUCAAAUAAUUUUUUGAACAACUCAUGUCUUUGGUUACUAAUAGUUUGAAAAUCCUCUUUUUCUAAAAGCUUUUUAGAUUCGAAGAGGUAAAGCAUAACUUCGUGAUAAGUUGGGUAAGAUGCCAAAAAUUUUGGGUCAAAUUGAAAGGUUUUUAUAAAAGCAUUAUUAUAAAAUUUUAGCUUUUGAUUCUUACUAUAUAUUACUAUAGCAACCGGUAACCUCUCAAGCAAAUUUUUCUGUGUAGCUAAAUCACUGUUUAAUUCAGUAUAUAAUUUCUCUGCAUCACU